GGUGCUCAGAGACGGAGGGACGGACGGAAGAGUUGGGUGUUGCCUAGUUCUUCUCGCUGAAGUCAGGUUUUCCAGUCGAGAUUCAGCUCGUUACACGCCGCCUGGCCUGCCGCUGUCGCCGUGCUGUGAACUCUGCGUCGAAUAUAUUUGUCUUACGAACCACUAUGGGAGUCGAAGGUUGCACCAAAUGCAUCAAGUACAUGCUCUUCUUCUUCAACUUCAUCUUCUGGCUUGCAGGAGGUGUAAUCCUGGGUGUGGCCCUGUGGUUGAGACAUGACCCCAAGACCAGCAACCUGCUGGAGCUUGAAUUUGAUGGAGCCCAUGCCCCCAGCACCUUCUACAUCAGUGUCCACAUCCUGAUCGCUGUCGGUGCAGUGAUGAUGGUGGUCGGUUUCCUUGGGUGUUAUGGCGCCAUCCAGGAGUCCCAGUGUCUAUUGGGAACUUUCUUCGCCUGCCUGGUCAUCCUGUUCGCCUGCGAAGUUGCAGCUGGAAUCUGGGGCUUCAUGCACAAAGACACUGUGUCGAAGGAGAUGAUCAACUACUAUGACUCUGUGUACGACAAGGCCAUGGCACAGAGCCUGACUGACAAGGACAAGACAAAGGCUGCCGCCUCUGUGCUCAAGGUUUUCCAUGAGACGCUGAGCUGCUGUGGUAAAGGACAGGAGAUCAAAUUUAUGACAUUCUUUACAGAAACACUCGGCCUGAACAACUUCUGCCCCAGCUCUGGAACUACAGUUAGUUGCCACACCAGGAUCCAGGAAUUGUUUUCAGAUAAGAUUUACCUGAUUGGUAUCGCCGCUCUGGUGGUUGCAGUUAUUAUGAUCUUUGAGAUGAUCUUCAGCAUGGUAUUGUGCUGCGGGAUCCGCAACAGCCCGGUGUACUAAAGCGACAGGACGAUCUUGCAGUUUCUGUCUCAUUCUUUUUCUUUUCUUUUAUAAUCAGGAAAUGUCACAUAUAUUGCUUGCUGGAUUUAGUCAGCUCUUUGAGAAGACAAUGUAAACCAUCCUCCAUUGAACAUUUUAUUGAACACUGUCAAUGAAUUUUUGUUAGUCACAGAUGCUGUUAUGCAUAUUUAACCAGUGCUAUCCUUACCUGAUAUGUAGAUAUUAUAUCACAUGUCACACAUGAGGUACACUCACCAGACCUGGUAUUCUAAUCCUUUAGUGAUUCAUUAGUUUUUAAUGCUUCCUUGCCUAUGAACAAGCUCUUAUAUUCUUGGUUUUAUGGAUGUUUUUUCACUGUUGUAUGUAUAAACUCUGUGUGUGUGUGUACAACCAGCACUAGUGAAGCACUAGUGUUGGCCUCACCAUGCCACAUAGAGGUGAACACACUUCCUGUCCUAUAGACAAUUGUCUUGGUUCACAUCCACAUCGCUGUGUGAUGUCUGCAGGAACUGACUAAAGAAGGAAUCUCAGUUAAUGUUGGAAGCUGGAACCAAAGUCAGAGUCACUUGAUGUCCGUCAUUUUGGCUCUAUGAGGUUAUUUGUUGAUUUGUCUUUGGCUGUUUGAUGUUCAUCACACAUCUAAAACUGUCUGAGUGCUCAGUUGCAUAAAACAUUUUAAGUAUUUUCCUCAGUAGAUGUCUUUAGAUUUCCUUAUAUAAAAUUAAGUUGCACAAAGUUGUACUUUAUGUUGUACUUACAAACAUAUUAAUCUAAAAUUACAAAUUUCUGCUGUUUGGCUAGUUUGGCCUAGCCUAGUUCCAGACUUCUGAAUCACCACCUACAACUCAAAUGUUGUCAAAAAUUUUGAAAAGUGUUGGUUUAAAAAAAAAAAAAAAGGCCAUUAAUUCUAAAUAUUGAGUAAAGUCCAGUUAUCUUUCUGUAUGACUUUUCUAACAACCUCUCAAUUAAAAUAGCAACAAUAGGAGUAGUAGGAACAGUAACUUUACUAUGGUAGAAAAGGUUUCAGUCGUAGUCAUCUGGACACUGUUUUGGACGAAUGAGGGACUACACCGUCUAACUUUACUGUGCUUUUGUUGGACUGAGAAAUCAUUAUUUCACCUUAGAAAUCUGUUUGAAAUAACAAAACAUUAAGAUAAAUCUAAAAGACAAACAUUUUUAUACAACUGUGCACUUAUUUGUGGAGGCAACUUGCUUAACACUAUAAGUAUCUUUCCUAAAUCAGAGGAAUUUAAUUCAAAUAUGACCCCUAACAUUUAAAACACUUAAAGCAAGUCGGCUGAUACCUAUUGUGACUGACACUUAUCCAUGUAUUGGUGGUGUGCUUUUUCCCAACAAACUUGUUGAUUGUCCACACAUCAGCCAACUGUCCCUGGUUGCUCAGCUCUAUAGGAAAUUGACAGUGGUGGAAGAAGUACAAUAAUUGCCUCUGAGAUGUAGUGGACUAUAAGUAUAAAGUUGCAUUAAAUGGAAAUACUCAAGUAAAGUACAAGUACCUCAAAUUUGUACUUAAGUACAGUACAUGAGUACUGAGUUAUAUUCCACCACUGGAAAUUGAGUGACUUUUGAUUGCUCGUAGAGGAAACACAUGGUGAAACUCCAGCCUGUAGCCAGUGUAACUUCAGAAGGAAUCUUUGUUUGGUGUUCUGAAUCUGGGUAGCCUUGUCUGGUUGAGUCUAGUCCUGUCUCAGCUGACCUGGUUGUGUCAUUGUACUGUCCCUCUGGCUUCACAGCCUACUAACCUUCCUCAUUGUCGCCAUUCAUGUAAUAACUGUUCCCAGUGCAUGGCAAGAACAGGACAAAAGCAGCUCAUCUGUUCUGAGCUACCCAGUGGUUUUCACCCCUUUCUUUCUUUCCCCCCUUCUGCUUAUGUUGCUUAGCUGUUUGUUUGGCCCUGUAUGCACUCCAAAAACAGUUUGAGCUAGUGUAUUCGUAUUCACAUACAGAACAGGCACGGACACAAUAUCAUGAACACCGGUGUAAUUGAAUUAAACUGCGUGUGAGCUGGAACUAUUUUUCUGUGGGUGAAGUGACUUCUGGAGUCUUGUCACUGACAACCAGUGGAGACUCCUGAAGUCACUACACCCGGCCAAGAAAUAAUUCCAGCAUGUAGCUCCCCCUAAAACCACAAUUUUUCCUAUCGUAAUUAAUACCUAACCACGUUGUAUUAAACUCCCAUAUUAUUACGUUUGUCAGUUUCACAAAUUCAUGAUCUUUUUUUAGGGCUGUUCUAUUAGAUUGCAUUAGAUUGUACAAGUGUUUGUGAUUUUGUGUCUGCUCCCUUAAGUCUAAGUUUUUUAACUAUCUCAGGCUGAUUGCAGUGGUAAUAUUUAUACUAGUAUAGGGCAGCGCAGUCACAUUACCAGCCUUCAGUGUUGACCACAGAUCAGUCUUAACUGCCUGCUGAAAUCCAGCCAAUCAGAAAGCUCCCACCUGGCAACUGAACAUGCUGUUUAUUUAGUCCAGUGGAGUUUUUACUCCACCACAUAGGGUUGAAAAUAUUUUGUCGUGAGGGCUGUUCCUACUAGAUCCAGCUGCUGCUGACACUAACACAUUACUGCAAAACACUGCAGUUUCACGCAUCAUGAACACACACUCACAUUAAAUCAUAUCAUCUUGUGUAAUCUUCAUAUUAUCAUAGCUUUUGUCACCCAACUAAAACCUUGUCUUGUUAACAUGUCAUACUUAAACUGAGAAACAGUAAAAGUGUCUUGUAAUAUUUACAGCUAUGACCUAUUGUACUAAUGAAAAUCAUGAAGGCUGUAGAAAGACAAUGUAUGCCUUUUUUUCUCCUUGUAUUGUAAUAUCAUUGUCUGGUACGUUGUUAAAGGACUCUGGACAGAAAGGGUGGAAGAUUUUGUGGCAGUGCCGACUGAAAGGAAGUCAAACCUUCAACAUAUCAGCUAGUUUCUCCCCAGAAAUCGUUAAAAAAUAUAUAACACCCAUCAGUCCAGUGUUCCCCAAUGAUGAGGGCACUAGCUGUGUUUCUCUGACAGUACUGUCCAUGUUGCUGCCUUUUUGAAUUUGGUAACUGACACUCAGGACCCACUGCCACUUAAAUCUCAAACCCUCUCUACUCUUGUAGACCUUGGUUUGCCCAAAUAUAAAGGGAUUAAAUGUAUUUUACAAAUAAA